AUGUCUUUGCGGGACCACGGCCCAACGAGCCCUGCGGUCAUCGUAUUCCCGAAGGCAGUUCUCACGAACGAGGCGCCGGACGUAAGGGAGAACCGUACUACUACUACUACUUCUACUAUUGGCGAUGCCCAGGGCAGUAACAUCGACAGUGACAGCGGCAUUCACAUUGGCGAUGAGAAGUGCAGGAACGUCGACAGUGAUAUCGGAAUUCACAUUGACUAUGUCACUGACGGUUACAUCGACAGUUACAUAGACAUUCACAUUGAUGAAGACACUGGCGUUGUCAUGGGCAGUAACAUCGACAGUGACAUCGGCAUUCAGAUUCGCAAUGACCAGGGCAUGACAUCGGCAUUCAGUUUGUCGAUGACGUGGACAUUAAAAUCGAUGGCGAAUGGCGAUGGCGAGGGCGGUAACGUCGACAGAGACAUCGACAUUAACAUCGAUGAUGACAUGGGCAGUAACAUCGACAGAGAUAUCGACAUUCACAUUGGUGAUGAGAAUAUCGUCAACAGUGUCAUCGGCAUUCACAUUGGCGAUGACGUUGGCAUCAAAAUCGACAGUGACAUGGGCAUUCACAUUAGCGUUGAUGAGGGCAGUAACAUCGACAGAGAUAUCGACAUUCACAUUGGUGAUGACAAGUGCAGGAACGUCGACAGUGAUAUCGGAAUUCACAUUGGCGAUGGCGAGGCAGUAUCGUCGACAGUGACAACGGCAUUCACAUUGGCGAUGAGAAGUGCAGGAACGUCGACAGUGAUAUCGGAAUUCUCAUUGACGUUGGCGAGGGCAGUAUCGUCGACCGUGUCAUCGGCAUUCUCAUUGGCGAUGACCAGGGCAGGCUGUAACGUCGACAGAGACAUCGACAUUCACAUUAGCGUUGAUGACGGGAGUAUCAUCGUCAGAGAUAUCGACAUUCACAUUGACGAUGACACUGACGUUGACAUGGGUAGUAACGUCUACAGUGAUAUCGGAAUUCACAUUGGCGAUGGCGAGGGCAGGAUCGUCGACCGAGUCAUCGGCAUUCUCAUUGGCGAUAACGAGAGCAAUAACAUCGUCAGUGACAUCGGCAUUCACUUUGACGAUGACAAGGGCAGUAACAUCGACAGUGACAACGGCAUUCACAUUUGUGAUGACCAGGGCAUGACAUCGGCAUUCACAUUUGUGAUGACCAGGGCAGUAACAUCGACAGUGACUUCGGCAUUCACAUUGGCAGCGACAUGGGCAGUGAUAUCGACAGUGACACCAGCAUUCACUGUCAUCGGCAUUCACACUAGCGAUGACGAGGGCAGCAACGUCGACAGCGACAUCGGCAUUCACAUUGGUGAUGAGAAGUGCAGUAACGUCGACAGUGAUAUCGGAAUUCACAUUGGCGAUGAGAAGGGCAGUAACAUCGGCGGUGACAUCGGCAGUCACACUAGCGCUGACGAGGGCAGUAACAUCGACAGUUACAUAGAAAUUCAGAUUGGGGAUGACACUAACGUUGAAAUGGGGCGUAGCAUCGACAGUGACAUCGGCAUUCACAUUGUUGAUGACAUGGCCUGUAACAUCGACAGCGACAGCGCCUUUCCGAUUGUGAUGAUACUGACGUUGACAUGGGCAAUUGAGGAUGACACUGACGUUGACUUGGGGUGCAACAUCGACAGUGACAUCGGCAUUCACAUUGCCGGUGACAAGAACAGUAAUAUCGACAGUUACAUCGAAAUUCAGAUUGAUGAUGACACUGACGUUGACAUGGGCACAAUUCAGAUUGAGGAUGACACUAACGUUGAAAUGGAGCGUAGCAUCGACAUUGAAAUCGGCAGUCACAUUGGCAGUGACAUGGGCAGUAACAUCGACAGUGACAUCGGCAUUCACAUUUGUGAUGACCAGGGCAGUAACAUCGACAGUGACAACGGCAUUCACAUUGACAAUGAGAAGUGCAGUAACGUCGACAGUGAUAUCGGAAUUCACAUUGGCGAUGGGAAGGGCAGCAACAUCGGCGGUGACAUCGGCAGGCACACUAGCGCUGACGAGGGCAGUAACAUCGACAGUUACAUAGAAAUUCAGAUUGGGGAUGACACUAACGUUGAAAUGGGGCGUAGCAUGGACCGUGAAAUCGGCAGUCACAUUGGCGGUGACAUGGACAGUAACCUCGAAAGUGACAUCCGCAUUCUCAAUUGGGCUAACGAGGGCA